CAAAGCGCAUGCUCUAUUUGUCUUACCCGCUGACGGUCCUUUUGAGCCCGCGUCUAAUGGUGGACGGACCGAUUGUUUGGCUGUCUUUUUCACAUCGCUAUGAAUCUCGAGCUACUACAAUCGUUUGGGCAGAGCUACCCCGAGGAGUACGAUGGCAGUCUGGACUCGGUAAGCGUAGCGCUGACUGCGGCGUUCAAUAGACGUGGCUCUUUGUUAGCUGUAGGGUGCAACGAUGGGCGAGUUGUGCUAUGGGACUUCUUGACGCGAGGAAUUGCCAAAAUCAUAAGUGCACAUGUUCAUCCUGUGACUUCUGUCAGUUGGAGUCGUAAUGGCCGCAAGCUGCUGAGUGGAUCAAAUGACUGGAAUGUCUCCGUUUGGGAUAUUCUUACUGGGGAGUGUGAUCAGAAAUACAGAUUCCAAUCACCGAUAUCCAAAGUUCAAUUCCACCCUAGGAACAAUAAAGUCAUCUUGGUGUGCCCUACAAAGCAGGGUCCAGUGGUUGUUGAUUUGGACGGCAAACAUUACGUUUUGCCUACUGGAGGAGAGUCAGAACACAACAUUGUUGCAUCCUUUGAUCGCAGAGGAGAUUAUAUUUAUACUGGAAACGCCAAGGGAAAGGUUUUGGUGAUUGACGCAAAGACAAGGGAGGUCAUUACAUUUUUCAGGAUUCAAACAGGAACUAGCGCAAACACAGCCAUCAAAGCCAUUGAGUUUGCCCGUAGAGGAAGUGCUUUCCUAAUAAACUGCCAGGACAGAAUUAUUAGAGUAUUUGAUAACCAAAUUGUGCUGGCAUGCAAGGACCAGGAAGGGGCGGAGCCAGAACCUAUCCAGAAACUUCAAGAUCUGGUCAACAGAACAUUAUGGAAGAAGUGUUGCUUUUCAGGGGAUGGUGAAUAUAUUUGUGCAGGCUCUGCCAGAACACAUGCAUUGUACAUUUGGGAAAAAGGAGUAGGCAACCUUGUUAAAAUCCUACAUGGCACCAAGGGGGAGUUGCUUCUAGAUGUAGUGUGGCAUCCUAUUCGACCUAUCAUCUGCUCCAUAUCGAGUGGCGUGGUAUCAAUCUGGGCACAAAAUCAUGUGGAAAACUGGAGCGCCUUUGCACCAGACUUCAAGGAACUAGAUGAAAAUGUUGAGUAUGAAGAAAGGGAAAGCGAAUUUGAUGUUGAGGAUGAAGACAAAGAACCCGAACUCCCAUCAGAGAGUGAAGUCGGUGAGGAAGAGGAGGUUGAUGUUACAUCAAUUGACAGAAUACAUGCUCUCUGUAGCAGUGACGAGGAUAACGACCAGGACCUCGACACGCUGUCAUACCUACCGGUAGCACCUGAGGUCGACGACCCCGAGGAGCCGCUCUGGACUAACGAGAAUGAGGAUUACAGCAAGGACCCGGAACAGAAGCGUCGCGCGUCCAACGAGACUGGGCUCGAGGCUCCUAAGAAGAAGACGAAAGUGAUUGACAUACGUCACGAUGGUGACGUGUCACACCAGACGGAGGCUAAGAAAACAGGUGUACAAAAGGGAUCAAAGCAACUCGACAAGGACCCCCAAUCCAUUACUAGUAAGGGACAAGAGACCGGCAAAACAGGUUUGAUAACCGCUGACCCGCUAGGAACGAAGACUGAAGAUGAGGAUGACAAAGGUGAUGAGUCAUCAGCAGAGACAAUUGAAGAUGACAGCGAAACAAUAGAAGAGAAACUCAACUCCUUAUAAGGUUGUUGAAAGAGAAGCUUCUUAUAAGGACGAUAAAAGAGAAACUCGACUCCUUAUAAGAACAAUAAAAGAGAAACUCGACUCCUUAUAAGGACGGCAAAAGAAAAACACAACUCCUUAUAAGGACGAUAGAAGAGAUACUCGACUACUUAUGAGGAAGAUGGAAGAGUGACCAAACUCCUUUUAAGGAAGGUAGAAGAGAAACUCAACGGUAGAUUUGUUCAGAAAUCCAAAGAAGUUCAAGCUUUCAAAUUUCAGCAUUCCGAGGUUUUCAAAGGUAACCUCUUGAGAACAAAGUGCUUCAGAAAGCUAAAGAUGGGCAGCCAUACAUGUAGAAGAAUGUAUGGGUCCCUGUAAAGAAUAAUUUCCAUUGGAUGGCCUGUAAGGUAGUAGGGAUUUUAUGAUAAAGGAUGUAAAUAUCGUAACUUAUAUCGUUUAAUAAUCCGUUUGAGGUAUACUCUGAAAAAAUAAACAGAAUCAAACACAA